ACACAGGGUAACUGAAGUCCCCUCCUCAUCGGUUGAUUAAGUUAUCCGUGAGUAAGUCUUAAGAUUCUGUCCUGUAACCAAGGGCAACCAUGCGAGGAAGUCAUCUCCUCGGUUGUUAUUGAUCAAACCUAUUAGUUUUCAGGCCAAAAUUUACGACAAAGCUGAUAAUUUCCUAGUUACAAUGAUGGGACGAAAAGUAAUUGCAUCUGUGAGCACCCUCAAUCAAUGGGCUUUAGAUUUUCAGGGCAAUUAUGAGAGGAUUGUGCGAAGUAUACAUCUUGCCAAACAGGAAGGAGCCAGAUUAAGAACCGGACCUGAGUUAGAAGUAAGUGGCUACUCAUGUGAGGAUCAUUUCCUGGAAAGUGACACGACUCUACAUUCAUGGGAAGUCGUUGCAGAACUUCUACGGAAUGACUCAUGCAGAGAUAUCAUAAUUGAUAUUGGGAUGCCAGUAAUGCACAAGAAUACCUUAUACAACUGCAGAGUGAUUUUACUGAACAAGCAAAUCCUACUGAUCCGUCCCAAAUUAAUUCUGUGUGACUCAGGAAAUUACAGAGAAUCAAGAUGGUUUACUGCCUGGCACAAGGUUCGACAAACUGAAGACUACUUCCUGCCAUCUUUCGUCAGUGCUAUUGUGAAUCAAACAGUCGUACCUUUUGGAGAUGCUGUGAUAGCCACAGGUGAUGCCUGUUUUGGUUUUGAAAUAUGUGAAGAACUAUGGAGUCCAGAAAGUUCACAUGUUCCUUUGUCCUUGGAUGGUGUAGAGAUUAUUUUAAAUGGUUCGGGCUCCUACAUGGAAUUGCGCAAGGCCAGUGUUACGUUAGAUUUAAUCAAAGCAGCAACAUUCAAAUGUGGUGGCUGCUACCUUUAUAGUAAUUUAAGAGGCUGUGAUGGUCAACGGUUUUAUUUCAAUGGUAAUUCUUGUAUCUAUCUUAAUGGUAACUUGAUCAGACAAGCAGAGCAGUUCACGUUGAAAGAAGUGGAAGUUUCCACAGCAACGAUUGACUUAGAUUUUAUCAGAACCUACAGGAAUGCAUUACGCUCUCGUGCAAGUAUUGCUGGAUCUGCUCAACCAUAUAAGAGGAUAAUUUUACAAGAUUUUUGUUUAUCUUCAGAUGAUCUCUUACUCUCACCAUCCAUACCAAUUAAGCCAAAUUUUUACUGUCCAGAAGAAGAGAUUGCGCUAGGCCCAGCUUGCUGGCUAUGGGAUUACCUUAGAAGAUCUGGUCAAGGUGGCUACUUUUUACCUUUAAGUGGUGGUGUUGACUCUUCAAGUUCUGCUUGUAUCGUGUUUUCAAUGUGUAAUUUAAUUGUUAAUUCUGUGAAAAAUGGUAACGCAGAUGUUCUGCAUGAUGUACGCCGUAUAGUUGGAGAUCCUAAUUAUCAACCAACCAACCCGUUAGACCUGUGUAACAAAGUGCUCGUAACCUGUUACAUGGGCUCGGAAAAUUCUUCUAAACAAACACAUGACAGAGCUAAACUUCUGGCCUCACAAAUUGGUAGUUACCAUUCAAGUAUUGUUAUAGAUACAGCGGUAUCCGCUGUUCUAGCCAUUUUCAAAUUACUCACAAAAAGAGAGCCAAAAUUUGCGGCUCAUGGUGGUACAAGUCGAGAAUCUUUAGCCUUACAAAAUAUUCAAGCUCGGCUAAGAAUGGUUCUAUCGUAUUUAUUCGCUCAAUUAAUGUUGUGGGUGCGUGGAAGGGAUGGAGGUCUGUUAGUUCUUGGGUCUGCCAAUGUAGACGAAGCGUUGCGAGGAUAUUACACCAAGUAUGAUUGCUCCAGUGCCGACGUGAACCCAAUUGGUGGUAUAUCAAAAACAGACUUGAAAGGAUUUUUAAAGUACACUGCUUCCAAGUAUAAUUUGACAGCCCUCCAUGAAAUUCUCUCUGCACCUCCAACAGCAGAACUUGAGCCCUUGGCAGGAGAAGAAUUGGUGCAAACAGAUGAGGCGGACAUGGGUAUGACUUACGAAGAAUUAACUGUGUAUGGUAAAUUACGCAAGCAAGAAUAUUGUGGGCCUUACUCGAUGUUCUGUCAACUACUACCUAUCUGGUCAAAAAAAUGUAGUUCGGAAGAAGUUGCCGAUAAAGUCAAACACUUUUUCCGUCAUUACGCAAUAAAUCGUCACAAAAUAACAAUUUUAACUCCAAGUUAUCAUGCUGAGACGUACAGUCCUGAUGAUAAUAGGUUUGAUCAUCGCCCCUUUUUGUAUAAUGUUAGGUGGCCAUGGCAAUUCGGAGCCAUAGAUAAACAUUUAUCAAAACUAAAGCAGAGCCAUUGAACGCAGACGUUUUAAAUAUAGACUGGGCAUUUUGACCAGAUUUUGUCUGCCAUUUAUUUAUUUAUUUAUUCAUAUAUUUUUUCAUUGGUACAUUUACUCCCCUUUGGGGAUUGUACAAGUCAACACAACAUUAUAACAUUUAUUUUUAAAAUAUACAAUUAUUACCAUCAACAACCUUUGGCUAACAUUGAGCUUUUUAAAAGUACAAAAUUUUAUUAAAAUCCUAACAGAAAUGUUUAAGAAUCAUAAUACAAACCACAGCCAUCUCUGUUGUACUGGUGGUUUUCUUUCCAGAAUAAAUUAAAUCAAAUGGCAGUGAGUUAACAGGGUGUUCGCAGUUAGGACAAGACAUAAAAGGACUAAUGCUCACUUGAAAGAAAGGAAUACACCGCACAAAUGACAAUGAAUGAUAUUUCAACAAAACUAUGAAGCAAAUAGAUUGAUGUAUAGGCAGUUCUAGUCAUCAGACUAAGUUGUAAUUUAUUACGCUAACAUGACUACUUUGUGUAUUUGCUGAAAGGAGGUCCAUAAUGACUGGGCAAAAAUGCAUCAUGGACAUCAAAACGUUGCUCCAUUCACUCGGUAAUUUUUAUUCGUUUUUUUCGUUGGCAAAUCAAAACUUUCAAUGCCACUCACUUAGGGCAAACUGAUGCUAAAUUGCAGUAAAAUAUAACUAGAAAUACCCCUUUCUUGACUAUUUUUUAUCUCUCGAGCCGUUUAUUAAUUUGGGACUUUUUGAGCAACUUAUCUUCAUGUUAAUUACUCCUUUUAUAAGUUAGUGCACAUUAUCUUUUGAACACCUGUUCUGAUCUGUAAAAUAGUUUACAUAUUUUUUAUUCUAGAUUUUACAGAAGCCCACAUUAGUCCUAUUGUCUCAUUAUCUCAUUUCCGAACAAAAGUAAUGAAACUUAAUUUCCACCUGUGGCAUAAUAUGUACAAAAUAUAUGUAAGUGUAUAUUAAUGGUGAAAGUUGCAAAAUGCGUGUCUCCAUUUGUGAUGUCACAGAUCUCUUGUAAUGUACUUAUUAUUUUCUCAAAGGAUAAUAACCAACAAAUGUUAUUUUUUGAAAUUUUUGCUGUUGAUUCUUCUUCUUGUUCAGAACAUUUUGUGGACAUUUUGAACUUUUGAACAUUCAUUUAUUUAUUCAACAAUGAAAUUUUUAUUCAAUAUUGGUUUACCUUUAAAAAAGUAAAGCAGUAGCGAGGAUUUUGAGUGUCACUAUCAGGAUACAUGUCUUGCAUAUUUCAUCACUCAUGUACCUACAUCAUUUUCUUGUUAUAGCACCGUUUGUUGUGCACUUCAUUUGUUAAAACUUAGACUUUUAUGAAACAAAAAGAUAAAUGUUUUGAAUAUUUCA